AAUACCGCAAUACCGGUUGAAUAACAGCUACGGUGAUACGGAUUAAAUUCGUUUACUAUUCUAUGUACGGUAAAUACAAAGCCGCAAUCUCGCUAAAAUGUUGAAAGUAAUAUUAAGGUAUGUCAUAUGAACCACGACAUAGUAUCACGAUGUUCUCAAUAAUUGAAGAAAACAGCCAACUUACUGGGUCUAAAAACGAUCCCGACCCGUGAGAAUAAAAAAAAAGCGUUCGUCAUAGCCCAUAGAUCCUUUUAAGUUUUAAUAAUUUAAGAUGCAUUGUAUUGCCGAACACCAAUAUUCGUGUGUUUUAUUCCUUUGGCGGUUUGAAAGUAGCUUUGUCGUUACUACGAUCACUUAAAAUGACAUUUACUUACGAAAUUCUUUCUACAACGCUGCGUAGAAGAUUUGUUGAGAUGCUAUAAUGGUGGACUUGAAUUAGCUGAAUAAAACCAUUAUUUUUUGCUGCUGCUUCGCAGUAAAAUAAUGUACAAAUCUCCCGCGUAAACGGAUGAUCGAACACAAUGAGCGCUUGAAUAUUCACCUUUUUGCAUUAUCUCGUGUGCUUAAAUACUUGCGUUCGUGUUGAGUUACGGUGAUAAAAUGGUUAAUAUCCCUUUACAAAAGAGAGAGAAGCGGUGACGUAUCACCCGACGAAAGAAAAAGAGAAGCGUUAUAAUAUAUCAGUUAUGUAUAAACACGUCGUUCAGAGCCAGUUCGACCAUAUUUAUCGAAACUCUGAAAAAGUUGUCUCGUUUUGGAUAAUGGCGAGUCUACAAUCUGGAAUUUCAGAUAGGCAAGACGUGUUAUGGCAGAUUGAAAAUGAGGAAUUCAUACCGAAUAGUGAUUCCGAUGAUGACGACUUAGAUGCGUCUGAUGUUUCUGAGUAUGAAGAGUUAUCAGAGUCCAGUACUGACAACGAGGAAGACUCAGAAUGGACACCUAGCACAUCAGCCAGUAUUUCGUCGCCGCCAACUCGUAGGCGUAAAACUACUCCCGAACUCCAAAACUCUCCCACAACACCGUUGAGUAGUAAAGGUUAUCGUCCCACAACACCGACAAAUAGGAAAGGUUACCGCCCGUCAACUCCAAGAUCUCGGAAAACUUAUGAUUGGAACAAGUCAUUUGCCGAAAGGUCACACCGUCCUUUUGAAGGUCAGCGGUCGGUGUCCAGUGGCCUAUUGAAUAGCAGUUCUAGUGCGCUAGACUGCUUCCUUCAAUUUUUCAAUAUAACUGUGAUAGAAUUCAUUGUCCAGAUGACUAAUCUCAAUGCUACUCGAAAAAUGGAUGAACAGUUAGCCAAGAACAAUAUCCAGGGGAAGUCCUGGAGAAACGUUGAUUCGGGGGAGAUGUAUGCUUUCAUUGGAAUGGUCAUCGCCAUGGGAAUCAUCCGUCUUCCAACACUCGAUAUGUACUGGCAGAAAAAAAACUGGAUCUUAGACGUGUCAAGUUUCAAUAAAAUAAUGACAAGACAGCGAUUUCGAGACAUUUUGAGGUAUUUGCAUUUUUGCGACGAAGCUAUGGCGCCAGGAGCGGAAGACCCUAACAAAGACAAGUUAUACAAAGUUCGCGAACUGUUAACAAUCCUAUUGCCACUAUUUCAAACAUGCUACACACCAGGCAGAGAAAUCUCUAUCGAUGAAACCCUAAUUCCAUUCAAGGGCCGAAUUAAUUUUCGACAAUUUAUAAAAACCAAGAGAGCACGUUACGGAAUCAAGGUUUGGGUAUUAGCCGAAUCCUCAACUGGAUAUGUGUCGAGAUUGCAAUUUUACACUGGUAAGGAUCCAAUGUCAAAACCCGAAACCGGAUUAGCUUCACGUGUCGUAAGGUAUUUGAUGGAGCCGUACGAAGGUUUAUACCAUCACCUUUAUGUUGACAAUUUUUACACCAGUCCCGAACUCUUCGAAUACCUUCUAUCGAAAGGUGUAUACGCUUGUGGAACUUUCAGAAGCAAUCUCAUAAACUUUCCGAAAGAUAUAAUCGUAUCAAAAAUUGGUUCAGUUCCGAGGGGCACUAACGACUGGAGGGUUUCGGGCAAUUAUUAGCAC